CAAAAACUUAUGUAGGUACAGCAUUUAGUCAAAAAUAUUUCUUAUAAACUGAUAAUUUAGCAAGUGAAAAGGAUAAAUUGCAUUUCACUCAAAGAUGUCUCGGCAAACUUCUAGGCUUGAUGCGAAAAAAGUCAAUUCAGAGUUACUAACACUUACAUACGGUGCACUAGUUUCACAAAUGUUGAAAGAAAUCGAUAAUACAGAUGAUGUAAAUAAACAGCUAGAGAGAAUUGGUUACAAUAUGGGCGUGCGGUUGAUUGAAGAUUUUUUAGCUCGGACAGGUUCAAACAGAUGCCUGGAGAUGAGGGAGACUGCAGAUAAAAUACAGCAAGCAUUUAGACUGUACCUGAACAUGCAGCCAACCGUCACAAGUUGGAGUAGCGCCGGAGACGAGUUUUCCCUUGUCUGGGACCAGUGUCCCCUGAGCGAAUGGGUGGAGAUGCCUAACAAUGGGCUGAAGUACUGCGGCCUGAUACCGGGAGCUAUACGGGGGGCAUUGCAAAUGGUCCAGCUUGAUGUACAGUGCUGGUUUAUUCAGGACCAACUAAAAGGCGAUGCGGUAACUGAGUUAAGAGUGAAGUAUAUAAAGAGAUUGGAAGACGCGGUACCAGCUGGUGAAGAUUAAGGGAUAUUUAUUUGUUUUAUAUAGGGUUAAUUCUCAUACAGAAUUAAUUAAGGCUAGUUCACACUGUAUAGAGUAGUGACUGAUGAUUAUUUUCUAAGACAAUUUGUAUAUUGAGCAAAACUAUAUGAUUGUUUGAGUAGUUUUUGUAAAGGUAAUUGUAUGUAAAUGGUAUGUAUUUAUUAGUUCAUAUUUGUUUUUGGAAUGUUAUCUGAAUAUUCAGAACAACAUGUCAUAAUUGAAAUUGAUAUUUUUGGUUUUAUGGCAUUCAAAUGCUUUAUA